UUCCAGCAGAGUGUCAGAAUCUGUGGUCACUGCAUGUGUUUCAUGACUCAGUGAAGGGACUCAUGUGUCUGUCAUCAGUGCUGGGGUUAUUCAUGAAGAGCUCUGCCGCUGCUGACCAGAGACUGGACACGUCCGGCUUGUUUUCUGUGAUAGAUCGUUCCCGUGACACUGGAGUGUCUGGAGCAGAAGAGACUCAUAUAUACUCCUUGUGGUCUGUAGACAGGACUCAUUCAGGACAUGAAGCUGAGGCGCACACUCACUCCUCCUCCAGUGAAGAGGUGACUCUGAAUCAGGAGAGAAGUCCGCACGGUCAGACAGAGCCACACAGCUCGGUCAGGGUUUGUGAGAGACAGCAGAGAUGUGGAAGUGUUAUUGUGGGUCAUGGACUCAGAUCUUAGCAGGGAGCAGCGGUCUGAAGCUUCUUCUGAACACGCCGCUGUUGGUUUCUCUGGACGAUGUUAUGGAUGGACUGCAGCGUGUGUGAAUGAUUAAGCAGCCGAGGUCAGCAGCAGUGUUUCUCACAAUCCUUCAGCACACAUCAGGUGGAUGAAAGCACACACACUGAAGCGCAGUGCUUUGGAUUACUGAUCUUCUCUGGGGUUUGGCUACUCACAGAGACACUCGCGGGGCUCAUGAAGACUGAACAGGAUGAAGACGCCGCGCAGGAAGAGAGCAGCCCUGUGUCUGCUGACCCCCAGCAGGAGCCCGUCUCCACCUACUUCGAGGAGAAGGUGCCCAUCCCUGAGGAUGACGUAACUAAGCUGUUUAGCUUCCGUAAACUCUGGGCCUUCACUGGACCGGGUUUCCUGAUGAGCAUCGCGUAUCUGGACCCGGGGAACAUAGAGUCGGAUCUUCAGUCUGGGGCUAUCGCUGGUUUCAAGCUGCUGUGGGUUCUGCUGGUGGCCACCAUCAUCGGGCUCCUGCUGCAGCGGCUGGCCGCUCGACUCGGCGUGGUGACCGGGAUGCAUCUGGCCGAGGUCUGCAACCGUCAUUACCCUACGGUGCCGCGGAUCAUCCUGUGGCUGAUGGUGGAGCUGGCCAUCAUCGGCUCUGACAUGCAGGAGGUCAUCGGCUGUGCCAUCGCCUUCAAUCUGCUCUCGGUCGGCAGGAUUCCUCUGUGGGCUGGAGUGCUGAUAACCAUCUUUGACACAUUUGUCUUCCUGUUUUUGGACAAGUACGGUCUGAGGAAGCUGGAGGCGUUCUUUGGGUUCCUCAUCACCAUCAUGGCCCUCAGCUUUGGUUACGAGUAUGUGCGUGUGGCUCCGGACCAGGUGGAGGUGCUGAAGGGCAUGUUUGUGCCGUACUGCAGCGGCUGUGGAGCUGCGCAGCUGGAGCAGGCCGUCGGGAUCGUGGGAGCCGUCAUAAUGCCUCAUAACAUCUACCUGCACUCUGCUCUCGUGAAGUCACGAGACAUAAACCGCGGAAACAAGAAGGAGGUGAAGGAAGCCAACAAGUACUACUUCAUCGAGUCCUCCAUCGCCCUCUUCAUCUCGUUCCUCAUCAACGUGUUUGUGGUGGCCGUCUUUGCAGAGGCCUUUUAUGGCAAGACCAACAUGGAAGUGGGUCAGAAGUGUAAUGAAUCAGGAAGUCCUCACAGUGACCUUUUCCCAGCCAACAACCAGACCCUGGAGGUCGACAUCUACAAAGGGGGUGUGGUUUUGGGCUGUUUUUUUGGCCCGGCUGCGCUGUAUAUUUGGGCCGUUGGGAUCCUCGCCGCUGGACAGAGCUCAACCAUGACCGGAACCUACUCGGGUCAGUUUGUGAUGGAGGGCUUCCUGAACCUGCGCUGGUCGCGCUUCGCUCGCGUGCUGUUGACGCGCUCCAUCGCCAUCCUCCCCACGCUCCUGGUGGCCGUCUUUGAGGACGUGCAGCAUCUCACCGGCAUGAACGACUUCCUGAACGUGCUGCAGAGCAUGCAGCUGCCGUUCGCUCUGAUCCCCAUCCUGACCUUCACCAGCCUGACCUCACUGAUGAACGACUUCGCCAACGGACUCAUGUGGAAGAUCAGCGGGGGUCUGCUCAUCCUGGGGGUGUGCGCCAUCAACAUCUACUUUGUGGUGGUGUAUGUGUUUGCACUCAACAACACCAUCCUCUACGUCUUCUCCGCCAUCCUCUCCUUCGCCUAUCUCAGCUUCAUCCUCUACCUGAUGUGGCACUGUCUGAUCGCUCUCGGCGUCUCUUGUCUGGAUUUCAGAGGUUCGGUUCGGUAUCCGCCCGCCGUUCUUGUGGAUGAACAGCCAGAGCUUGAUUCCUGAGCCAAACAUCAGAUCAUGUCCAAAGUAUGAACUACGCUCAUUUGUUCUUCUAAUGUGAGCAACGUCCUUACUGUAACAAACAGCACAAUCCAAAUAUUUGACUUUAUCUUUGCUUCCUGAUCCAUGGCUCCUUGCUUUGCCAUGUUUUAUAGAUGUACUAUUCUUCGUCUAGUUGAGUUCAUGUAAGUGUAGAUCUACUGUGCUCCUCAAAUAACCUGUUUACUAUCAACAGCUGCAAAAAUACGGGAUGAAAUCAUUCGUUGCAGAAAGUACACAGGUCUGUGUACAAUCGUUUUAACAGUUCAAAUUAAACCGUUUAUGAAUCACUAACUUACUAAUGACUAUAGCAAGAACGACUUUGCUGGUAAACAGCACACAAGAUGAUCUGAAGUUAUUUAAAGCUUCUCAGAGUUUUGUUUUUGUUAGCAUGAAUAAACCGAUAAAGUGUUUUUAUGACCUGUAGGAAUAUUAGCCCGCCUUCUGCACCCUUAAACACGUGUUUUAAUACCUGAGCGAAAGAAAAUCAGUAUUCAUAUUCCUGAAGGAAUUGUACAACCAGCAUUGAAAUAAGGACGCACAUGAGACGCCUGAGAGUUUGUGCACACCAGCAUAUGUUUAUCAUACCUCACACGACUGACACGCCAAAAACUGAACAUAAUGUCAUCUACACACCUGUAUGAGUUUCUUCUGUUGAACACGAAGGUAAAUGUUUUUGAAGAACAUCGAUAACCGAACAGAUGACGGUACCCAUUGACUUCCAUAGUGUGGAAGAAAGUACAGUGGAAGUCAAUGGGGUUUCUUUAAAUCUCUUCUUUUGUGUUCAAACAAAGAAAGAAAGGUUUGGAACGGCUUGGGUGAGUAAAUGAUGACAGAGUUUUCUAUCCCUUUAUCCAUUUUGUUUUCUAUUUCUCCCCAUUUCAAAGAUGCUGUUAUUCUUGGCUGUCCAUUUGGUUUAGGUGCAUCACUACUUUAAACUUCUGUUUGAUCAACAGAUUUGACAGUACUAGCAAGAGUUUAUCAACUAAAUAAAAAGCAAUACAGUUCUUGCAGCUUUUUUUUUUUUUUAAGAAGGAAGCAACAAAAGUGCCUUUAAUUUUUGAUUGUUUUGUCAUGUUCUUAAUUCUCACGUAUCUUUAUUAGAUGUGACUGUCCUUGAUGGUUAAAAGUUUCCCUCAAUGUCUUGAUUUAUGACUUUGAUUCACUGUUUCUGCAUUUGUCUGGUAAUAACAGAUGUAAGUUAUUUUGGUGUAUGAGACAGAUACUUGAGUUCUGCUGUAUGUUUUAAACACAUUCCAUGCUGUCAAACACAAGGAAUAAUUAAUAUAAAUAUAUUUAUGUUUUAAGAUAUGAACAAUAUAUGUUUGUAGCUGAAGAACCUGACGGGUCUGUACACACUGUAUGUGGAUAGCUGACAAAUUAAUAAAAGCCCAAAAUGUCA